CCGCAAUGCUUAGUAUACGGUUCAUUGAUAAUAAGGAGUACCAACCUUUGCCCAUUUCGGUUGAACUGGUUGUCUUCCUGGUUGUUAUAUCUAAUUGUUGAUCAGCAAUAAAGUUUGUACAUAAUAUUAUGUAAAAAACGUGAUCGUGUGAAAGUCUAAAAUAGUAUAUAUAAUUUAUAAAUAAGUUAUGUAUUUAUAAUCUCCUCAGGAAAUUUCAAAAUGGAAGAAGAUUCAUCAGUGUACAGGCUUGAAGGUAGUGAUGGUAACGAAGUUGGUGGUUUAGUAAUCACAAAGAAAAAGUCUUCAGAUCACGAAUUCAAAAAACCACAAAUAUCUAUGUUUGGAUUAGACAAAUUAGCUGAAAAAAAACGAAGAGAAAACUCUUUAGAGCCAAGCAAGACAAGAGAUUCUUGCUCGGUCUCUCACAAUGAGAAAAAAAGAAAAUACAGAAAUUAUUCAGAAGAAACUCCUACACAUACUGGAGGUGUUCACAAAAGUGUUAAAGAAAAAUUGGAAGCAAGGUUGGAGCGUCAACGACUAGAUGCAAAAAGGAACAGAAGACACAGAGAUAGAAAUAAUGAUAGAGAUAGAAAUAGGAAUAGAGACAAAGAUUACGAUCAUAGCAGAAGAAGUAAAGAUUGUAAUAGAGAAAGAAAUGGAGAUCAAAGUAGUAGAAGAGACACUACACCACGAUUUAGAUCCGAACCUCAAACUCCAAAAUACAGAAUAAAAGAUUCAACAUCUAAGUCUGCUUGGGAUGAUGAUGAUGAUGAAGAAUACAUUGUUAGAAAAUCAAGUUGGGAUCAUCCUACACCGAAACUUUAUAAUAAUAGAGAUGGAAGAGAUAGUGUCAGAAGCGAAUUUACUCCGUCUUAUAAAUACAAUGUCUGGGCCAAAGAGCGUAAAACUACUGGUGCAACUCCACUUGUAAAAACUGAAGAAGAUAGAGAAUUAUGGGAAUUGGAACAAAAACGGCUUGAUCGCGAAUGGUAUGGGCUUGGUGAUGAAGAAAAUAGACACUUUGGCGAUGUUUCUGAUGAAUAUACAGAGAAGAAAGAACAAGAAUUAGAAGCUAAGAAAAAGAAAAGAGUUUCUGCUCAACAACGUCAAAUAAACAAGGACAAUGAGUUGUGGGAACGGAAUAGGAUGUUAACCUCUGGUGUUGUUAGUUCAUUAGAACAUGAUGACGAUGUGGAUGAUGAAUUGGAAGCAAGAGUUCAUCUUUUGGUUCAAAAUGUUGUUCCUCCAUUCUUAGAUGGACGAAUCGUAUUCACAAAACAACCAGAACCUGUAGUACCUGUGAGAGAUCCCAAUUCCCCUAUGGCUUUAGUAGCAAGAAAAGGAUCUGCAUUGGUACGAUCUUAUAGAGAACAAAAAGAGCAUAGGCGCGCGCAAAAGAAGCAUUGGGAGUUAGCUGGGACCAAACUAGGAAAUAUAAUGGGUGUUCAUGAUUCUCGCAAAGAUGAUAAAGAAAAACCAGGACAAGAAACUGAUUACAAAUCUGGACAAAAGUAUGCCAAUCAUAUUGAAAAAAGAAGCGAAGAAAAAUACCAAAAAAUACAAGAACAACGUCGACGUCUGCCUGUAUUUGCUGUAAGGCAGGAACUUUUAAAUGUUAUCAGGGAAAACAGUGUAGUUAUUAUUGUUGGUGAAACUGGCAGUGGUAAAACUACUCAACUAACACAAUAUCUUUGUGAAGAUGGCUACAGUAUAAAUGGAAUGAUUGGUUGUACUCAGCCCAGAAGGCUAGCAGCAGUGAGUGUUGCUAAAAGAGUUUCAGAUGAAAUGGAUUCCAAUCUAGGGGAUAAAGUUGGAUAUGCUAUUCGAUUUGAAGACUGUACCUCAAAAGAUACAAUCAUCAAAUACAUGACUGACGGUAUAUUAUUAAGAGAAAGUUUGCGAGAAGGAGAUUUGGAUCGUUACAGUGUAAUAAUUAUGGACGAAGCUCACGAACGUUCUUUGUCAACAGAUGUAUUAUUUGGAUUGCUCAGAGAGGUUGUUUCAAGACGUCAUGAUUUGAAACUCAUUGUUACUUCUGCUACCAUGGAUUCUAGUAAAUUUUCCACAUUUUUCGGAAACGCAGCAACUUUUCAGAUUCCCGGACGUACCUUUCCCGUCGAGACAAUUUUUAAUAAGAAUGCCGUGGAAGAUUAUGUAGAGGCUGCCGUAAAACAAGCCAUGACCAUUCACUUGCAACACUCUCACGGUGAUAUUUUGGUAUUCAUGCCUGGUCAAGAAGAUAUUGAAGUCACUUGCGAAGUAUUGAAAGAACGUCUCAAUGAGAUCGAAGGUGCUGCGCCGCUUUCAAUUCUUCCUAUUUACUCACAACUACCGUCCGAUCUUCAAGCGAAAAUCUUUCAGCAAGCGGAAAAGGAGUUAAGAAAGUGUGUCGUCGCUACAAAUAUCGCUGAGACGUCUCUGACAGUCGACGGUAUCGUUUUUGUUAUUGAUUCUGGAUACUGCAAGCUCAAAGUUUACAAUCCAAGAAUUGGUAUGGAUGCGUUGCAAAUUUAUCCAGUAUCACAAGCUAAUGCUAAUCAGCGAAGUGGUCGUGCUGGUAGAACUGGACCUGGAAGAUGUUUCCGCCUGUAUACAGAACGGCAAUAUUUGGAUGAAUUACUUGCAACUGGUGUACCUGAAAUUCAGAGAACAAAUUUAGCGAACACUGUCCUUCUGCUCAAGUCAUUAGGAGUACAAGAUUUGCUUGCUUUCCAUUUUAUGGAUCCACCACCUCAGGACAAUAUCCUUAAUUCACUUUAUCAAUUAUGGAUUCUCGGAGCUCUCGAUAAUACAGGAAGACUAACGACGUUGGGCCGGCAAAUGGCUGAAUUUCCACUAGAUCCACCGCAGUGUCAGAUGCUCAUUACAGCCGACAAACUUGGAUGUACGGCUGAGAUUCUUAUCAUUGUAUCUAUGCUUUCUGUACCAUCGAUAUUCUAUAGGCCCAAAGGACGAGAAGAGGACUCUGAUUCUGCUAGAGAAAAAUUUCAAGUACCCGAGUCGGAUCACUUGACAUUUCUCAAUGUGUAUAAUCAGUGGAAGGUUAAUGGUUAUUCGAUGUCCUGGUGCAAUGAUCAUUUCAUCCAUGGCAAAGCAAUGCGAAAAGUAAGAGAAGUAAGAUCACAACUCGAGGAAAUUUUAAAACAGCAGAAAAUGGAAGUUACAAGUUGCGGAACCGAAUGGGAUAUUGUACGAAAAUGUAUUUGCUCAGCUUAUUUCCAUCAAGCAGCAAGGCUGAAAGGUAUUGGAGAAUAUGUUAACUGUCGUACAGGAAUGCCCUGUCAUUUGCAUCCUACGUCUGCUUUGUUCGGAAUGGGUUUCACACCAGACUAUGUAGUUUAUCACGAACUUGUAAUGACUUCCAAAGAGUACAUGCAGUGUGUGACUGCCGUGGAUGGUUACUGGCUGGCUGAAUUGGGACCGAUGUUCUUUAGUGUGAAGGAAACGGGUAAAAGUGCCAAAGCUAAACGGCAAACGCUUCGCCAUUUGAAUGAGAUGGAGAGUCAAAUGAAGGAGGCAGAAGCGGAAAUGAAAGCAAGAGCGAAAGAACAGCUUGAUAAAGAACAAGCAUCUGUCAAAAAACAAGAAAUUUCAACACCUGGAAUGAAGGAACCAGGUACUCCCGCAUCGUAUCGACGUACUCCUAAACGGUUAGGGUUGUAAAUAUUUUUUUCAAAUAAAGUGAUAAAGAUAAAUUGUAAAUAAUUUCCUGAAAAUAAACUUAA